AUGGGAAAUGCCUCAAGAUGCUUGUAUGGAUUAUCAAUUUCCUCAAAUCCCAUCACGGAAAUUCCCGAUGAUGCCUUCACGGGACUCGAAAGAUCUCUGUGGGAACUCCACUUGACCAAUAAUCACUUGGCCGAUGUACCCUCAAGGGCUAUUCGGAACCUUCAGAAGCUCCGAACACUCGACUUGAGUAUGAAUCAAAUUUCCUACGUGGACCAUGAAUCAUGGAGAGGACUCGAGGAUUCUCUGGAGCAACUCAUCCUAUCGGAAAAUUCAAUUGCCCACCUACCAAUGGAUAGCUUUUCCGGGUUACCCUUCCUUCACACCCUCGAUCUCAGUGGGAAUAAUUUGAGAGAGAUCGACCCGAAUGUCUUUCGCGAUGGAAUGGACAAACUCACGCGUGUUCUCCUGUCCAAUAAUCUCCUCACCAGCAUCCCCUAUGGGCAAGUUUCAACGCUCAGAUCUCUACGUGUUCUCGAUUUAUCCCACAAUCAAAUAUCAACGAUGAAUUUGGCUGAAAAUGAAUAUAGUGCCGGAAUAAGACUCUCCCUGGAUGCCCUACAUUUGGAGUAUAAUACCUUUGAAAUGCUCCAAACGGGAUCAUUUCAAUUCUUCGAUGUGGUCAAUCAGACCUUCCUCGAUGGGAAUCCACUGCAAUUUAUAAAUGAUGACGCCUUCAGGCAGGCCAAAAUUAGGGAACUCUACAUCAGACACUGCCAUUUGGACUUUAUCUCUCCAGGUGCAUUUGGGGGAUUGGAAAAUAGUCUGCAAAUACUCGAUAUGUCCGGCAAUAAUUUAUCAUCCAUCCCGGAAAUUUUAUUCCAACAACUCUUCUCACUCAAGUCGCUUGGUUUAAGAGAAAAUCGCAUAAAAAGCAUAAUUCCAAUGGAAAUGUUCAAUGGCUUCCAAUCCACACUUCUCAAAUUAGAUUUAAGUGGCGACACGAAUGCCAUAACGAGCUUUCAGGACUUGAAGAGAAUGAGAAAUAUUCGAUCUUUGGCCCUGUCGAAGCUGCCAAAAACAGAUUUAGGGCCUGAGGAUUUCUUGGAUUUUGGAUUAGAGUUGGAGAAUUUGCGUAUAUCAGGUGGGAAUCUCAAGAGCAUUAAAUCGCACACAUUUAAGUACGUUCGUGGAAUUCGGAGAUUAGAUUUAAGCGACAAUGCCAUUGCAACAAUCGACACCGAUGCAUUUCUCGAGAUUGGGCAUGCACUGCAAUCACUAAAGUUAUCACAUAGUUUUGGUUCAAGUUUCACAUCUCUGCCAAGAGACAUCCUCAAACCACUCACAUCGCUGCGAGAGCUGGAUAUGAGUAACAACAAAUUGAAAUCCAUUAGUGAUACAUCUUUUCAUUUCUUGCGCAAUUUGCAUCACUUGAAUGUGCAGGACAAUCAAAUUGAGCAAAUUGUGAAAGGAACAUUCCAGGGUGAUAUUCACACAAACUUGGAAACAAUUCUAAUGGGAUACAACAAGAUAAAAUACAUUCCUCAGCAUUCAUUUGUCGAUCUGGAGGUAAGGGGCGGAUGGACAAUGCAAUAUUUGCCAGAAUAA